AGGAAUAAGCGACCUGCUAAUGGGGUGGCUUGUUUCGUCGGCGGCGUUACCGCGUCUAUACCACGUAUUGCUGCAACGCUGUAACUGACUUCUGAGCGUACAACGAUCCGUCCGUGUGUACCACCUGUGUGGAGAGUCCACGUCCUGCCCGUUGGGAACUUCGUGUUGUACGCAUGGCAACUCCUCGGAGUCUUCGCUAUUCGUCAAAGGAAUGAAGUGGCAAUGUGUGCUGUCGUUCAGAAUUCGCAAGAAAUCGUACCUUACCGGCCCAGACGUAACAGCCUUCUGUUACAACACUAAAGAAAGAUAGCACCGGCGCCCAAAGAGGCAGUGCUGAGCCAUGUCCUGACUCCGGGACGUCGGAGUCGAACCCGGUGCCUUCUUGCUGGGCUUCAUCGUAGGCCAUGGUUUGCCACAAGAGGCUGCUGCUGCUUCUCUCACUGGGAGCGGCUCUGUUCCUCGUCGUAGUUCAGCUGGCUCCGGACCUGGGCUUGCCAGCUGUCCGGGCACCGCCUGUGUCCUCCGUGAACUCCCUGCUCGCCAAAGUCAGCACCAGCGACACACUGCGAGAACACCAUGAUGUCGAAGGGACGAUGUCUCCUGGCGGCAUGGUGAGAAAAGCAAUGGAGCAAAACAAUCCCGCCUUCCUCCAAGCAUCGAUCGCAAAAAUUUCGACGACGAAGAAGGCUCUUUCGAGAAUCACGCCUGCCGGCGUCCUCAGACCAGGAGUCGUAACCUCCACGUCCAUCUCCGUGGUGCGGGCGCCCGUCGCGUUUCGGCAUUUCGUAAUCCACCAGAAGGCCUCCGUCACUAGGCCUGCCAUGAACCGCUUCAAGCCGCUUCGGCUGUCCAGAAUGCUGAAGGUGUUCAACAGAAAUCUGGAUCACUACCCGGUAGUUCCGACAGAUAAGGCCCACAGGGUCCUCGUCGUCACUUACUUCCGGGCUGGUUCCACGUUCGUCGGCGACCUGCUGUCUGCGACGCCGGCCACCUUUUACCACUUCGAGCCUCUGCACAUGUUCAGCAACGAUGCCAGGCUCAACGGAAGUGCGGCCAGCAACGCUUCCGGUUUGAUCGGGCACCUGCUUCGCUGCAACUUUCAACGCGUGCAGCACUACGUCCGCUGGGCUUACGAAAGGAAGUUCCUCUUCAAGCGGAACCACUUCCUCUGGGCCCUGUGCGGAGGCCAGUAUCCGGUCUGCUUCAAGCCGGAUUUCGUGUCCAAGGUGUGCGCGCGUGCGCCCGCGCAAGUCAUGAAGGUCACGCGGCUGCACAUGUCUCAGGUUCGAGACUGGCUGCAGAGUAACCCGGACCUAGCCAAGACUAUGAAGGUUCUACACCUGGUGCGCGACCCGCGGGGCAUUCUGGCUUCGAGGAGACUCUUGGAGUGGUGCAACGAGUCCAAGAGCUGCGCCCACCAGGACACACUGUGCUCGGAGCUUCGCGCCGACCUCGACACGUUCGAGGACCUGCAGAGGAUGUUCCCGAACAGCACGUACAGAGUUCGAUACGAGGAUGUGUCUCUGGAUCCCAAGAAAGAAGCGUUGAAAAUGUUCGAAGCUCUCGGACUCAACUACACAGUGUACGUGUCCAAUUUCCUGAAAACGCACACCAAGGCGCGAAAGGCGGACGCCCUGGACCCGUAUUCGACGAAGAGGAAUUCGUCUACCGUCGCGUUUCAGUGGAGGACUAAGCUUAAGUUCGACGACAUCGCCGAGAUUCAGCGGUCCUGCUCAGACGUGCUCCUUCGGUUAGGUUACAAGACCAUCACUGAUGAAAAUGACUUGUUGGACGAAGUGCCCAUAGCUCCUGUGCCGCACUUGAUAGCAGCUGGUGUCCACACGACGUUGAGGGUGUCCGUAGGCACUGGAAGCUAGAAACUUGUGAACGCGUCCUCCUUGUUUCGUCAGGUGCUCUAGGCUCCUUACUGCAGGUACGGCAAGAAAUCUUAUGGCUUUCUGCGGCCCGUAUGUUGCUAAAAGGGGCGAGCUAGUGUGAUUAUAUGCGAAUGGGGGCAAGACAAAACUUCCGGGGAUGGCAGAGGCUUGAAGUGACGAAAAAUGGUCAAAAUGCAAAUGUCGCUGGAGCUGGCGUUUUCACAAAGGACUUCUCAUCGUCAAGGCAGGAACUCAUUAGUCUGUCUGACAUCUAUGUCGUUGCCAGCCGAAAGGCAUUGUGAAUAAUGACAUUGCACUCUGUGAGUGCACUGUGCUUAACAGCCAGGAUAAACUGUCAAAGAUAUCCCUGUACGUGACAUGUAAAAGCGAGCACUUUGUAAGGCGAUUGUGAACCACACUCAUAGGACACACCUAGAAAUCUUGUUGUGCGUGUGUUGUAAGUUCAUGUUUAUAAUUUGUUCGACAGCGCGGUAACACGCGCUAUUGUUGCCAUGAGUGCACCUACGUCAGCGUUGAUGUGCGUGUUUGAAGCUCGACAUCUGUUUUAGCUUUCUGACAUUUACAUUUGAUGUUGUGACUAUCAAUGGCAUUGUAUAAGCAUUGCAGACAAUCAUUUUCAGGCUUAUAGCUUGUAAGCCUACUGGUAGUUAGAUCAUGUAUACUUGUUAUCCUUCGAGUAAACGCCAAGGUAAAUGUAUGAGUCAUUUUAUUAGCUGCGCAGACAAAGAGGAAUGGCCCUCGCAAUCACACUUAGGUAUUUCGUUAAUGAGGUAGAAAAGCGUUAGGUGCUAUGUGACAGUGGAUGUUCGCAGAUCUGUUUUCCUCUCGAAGUUCCAAAUAUUCAUAAAUCUUAAGUGGAGAUAUUCAAUGAAAAAAAAGGUGAACAACCUGUUGUAACAAAUACGGACAUGUAAGACGUGGCCGUUUGCCAAAAAGUGUUCAAGCUUUUCUGGCUAUCGAAAUGAUGUUGCACCUGACGUUCUCGGUGUUUAACAGUAAAUCUGAGCAGAAUACUGCUUAUCGUUAAAACGAGUGUUAUGUGACUCAUCUAUUACUGAUUCUGCGUGAGCCUAUAAUAUAUAUUAUGAUGUUACGCUUACGUAUACUUCAGCAUGAUAACUUGAUAUCCUGGAAGGCUUUUUUUGACAGCUCGGUUCAAUGGCGAUCACAUUUUGCAAGCUUGCGUUUUCCAUAUUUGAACAUUCCUUCACAAUUUAAAGUAGUGAACAUCUGUGCGCUGUGCUUGUUUUUACGUUCGUGAAAAUUUGAUUCAAACCGCGUUGACAUGCACAUAUCUAACACACUGUAUCUGUAGUGCUCUGUUUUCUCUUCGCACUGUUGUCAAAUCCAGCACAUUCGAAGCACAGUUAAAUCAAUAUAUCAGAGGAAUAAGCACCCAUUACAAUGAAGUUACAUUCACCGCCACAAAGAGCUACGGCAAUAAAAAUAUAGGACAACUGUUUAAAUUUGUUGGUUUGAUCUUGAGGCCUAUUAUUAGAAGAAAGGUAGUAUGUUGUCCUAAUAAUCAACAAGUGUUUCAGUGUGAACAGCUAGCUGUUCGAAAAACAACACUAAGCAAGUACAUUUAUUGCACGCGGCGACAUAUCUCGGCCUAACUGCUGUGGUCCUAUAACUUUUGUCAGCAGUUGUACUUCAACAGGUACACUUUGAACACAUUUAGACAUUCUAUUUCACGACGAGGAGAAAAGAUGGUAUACGAAGAGAACUUGGCGUAGAUAGCUUUCGACUUGCGAAGAGGUCGCGUAGUUCGAGAAACAGAAGGUACCUGUACGCAUGAGCAGCGUGUGUAUUGCUUCAGGGACUGACGUCGUAAUGCUUAAGAACUUAACCAGUAAAGUGAAAAUGGUCAAAAGUACAAUCUUGAGAAGGAGCAAGAAUAGAGAGGAAGACAGCUUCCAGGUAUCUCGUGAAACUGAAAUGUAGUGGAGGCCCCUGAGUGUGAGGUGAUUUAUAGUGCAUUGCAUGACAAGAAUGGAACAGGUUUGUAUGCAGAACGUAGUGCGAAGGACGCUACGACGAGCCCAGUCAUUCCGUCCCAGCAUUGACUACUAAACGUAUCCGUGCGUAAGUAGUUCUUUAAUCCAUUCGUUUCGGAGCCUCGUACUCGACCGGUACCGAUGCUUAGUGUGCCAAAAGUUUGUCCAGUCCAGAGAGCUUUCUGUUCUGUACAUCUGCGGUUGACAAACGCGAAUUCACGUUGGUGACAAGCUGCACAAAUCCCGAAGUACUUUUAGGUGUUUCUUGAUGAAUAGACUCGAGACACAAGAGCGACGUGGUGGCCUCGUUAAGGACAAGGUAGCACCACGAGACGAAACACAGGAACAGGAAAUGAAAAGACUUGAGCUCCUGCUUGUGAUGUUUCGGCUCAUUGUGUUUCGCCUUGUCGCAAUGUCCUAUGCUAAUGGAACCAUGUCAACUAUAGCCUAGUAUCUCACACUAUUGGCUUCGUUGUUAUAUGGCAACGCCGGAAUAAACGCUUUCGUGUAAGUUUAAGGUCGUUAGAAAGAGUUAAAAAAUUCCAAGUAAUAUGUUACGAGUAUCGUAACAGCAGUGAGUUUACUUUCAGUCUUCAUAAGUAGCUUUUUUCAUAUCACAUAAUGCUGUGUAAAGUCGGCAAAAGUGUGACGAGAGAGCUAGUCAUAAAGGGGCUUUCUAAGUCCCACUGAGCAGUUGAAGACGCUGAGAUGAGGUGUUUUAAUGCAUUCACAACACUUGGUGGCAUUGCGUUUCCACGAUCCAUUAAACACACCUGAAGAUUGACCUUUAUGCUCCUGCUAGUGGCAUUUUUCAGACUCAUCAUUCUUAGUAGGAUGAGCAGUCAUGAUGAACAGGUGUUGAAGUCUUGCGCAAACUUCUUUAUACGCCACGGGCCAUUUGUGAAUGUUAACUGCGAACUUAGCAAAACAAACGUAGCAAAAACAAAAGCGCUCGUAGUGCCCAUUUCCCUAUAAUUUGUGAAAAUUUGCUUUGUAUGAGGUUGUAUUAGAAUGAUGUUGACGCGGUGGUGGGUACACGGUUGAACGUGUUCAUGUCUUCCAUGGGGUUUGACUUAUUUCGACAUGCAAUUGAAUGACACGCAGUGCUCAUUAGGAUGUUUACGUUGCUCUGUCCCGUGACGUUAGCGCUGAGUGCAACUACUCGCGUGUUAUCCAGCAGGAACUGGACGCGAAAGUUUAGUGUGGACCUUUCUCAGCCUUUUAAUAAAGAAAGCACUUUCAUC